CACUGUCCAGCGGGACUCGCGCGGCGCCGGCAAUGGGCCCUGGGGCGCUGCUGGCAGUGUUGCUCGUGCUCGGAACCGGGGACACAACCAGAGCAGCGGCGCGAGAGGACACGUUCUCGGCGCUGACCAGCGUGGCACGCGCCUUGGUGCCAGAGCGCCAGCUACUGGGUCUGCUGCGGCGCUACCUGCGAGGGGAAGAGGCGAGGCUGAGAGACUUGACCAGAUUCUAUGACAAGGUGCUUUCUUUGCAUGAGGAUUCAGCGACUCCAGUGGCUAACCCUCUGCUUGCAUUUACUCUCAUCAAACGCCUGCAGUCUGACUGGAGGAACGUGGUGCAUAGCCUGGAAGCCCGGGAGAACAUCCAAGCUCUGAAGGAUGGUUACGAGAAGGUGGAGCAAGACCUCCCAGCCUUCGAGGACCUGGAGGGGGCAGCGAGGGCCCUGAUGCGGCUGCAGGAUGUGUACAUGCUCAAUGUGAAGGGCCUGGCUCGUGGUGUCUUCCAGAGAGUCACCGGCUCAGCUGUCACAGAUCUGUACAGCCCCAGGCGGCUCUUCCCCCUCACAGCUGAUGACUGUUUCCAAGUUGGCAAGGUGGCCUAUGACAUGGGGGAUUACUACCAUGCUAUUCCAUGGCUGGAGGAGGCUGUCAGUCUCUUCCGAGGAUCCUACGGAGAGUGGAAGACAGAGGAUGAGGCGAGUCUGGAAGACGCCUUGGAUCACUUGGCUUUUGCCUAUUUCCAGGCAGGAAACGUGUCCUGUGCCCUCAGCCUCUCCCGAGAGUUUCUCCUCUACAACCCAGAUAAUAAGAGGAUGGCCAGGAAUAUCUUGAAAUACGAAAGGCUCUUAGCAGAGAGCUCUAACCAGGCAGUAGCUGAGGCUGUUAUCCAGAGGCCCAACGUACCCCACCUGCAAACCAGAGACACCUAUGAGGGCUUAUGUCAGACCCUGGGUUCCCAGCCCACUCACUACCAGAUCCCUAGCCUCUAUUGCUCCUACGAGACCAACUCCAGCCCCUACCUGCUGCUCCAGCCCGUCCGGAAGGAGCUCAUCCACCUGGAGCCCUACAUUGCUCUCUACCAUGACUUCGUCAGUGACUCAGAAGCUCAGAAAAUUAGAGCGCUUGCAGAACCAUGGUUGCAGAGAUCUGUGGUGGCAUCAGGGGAAAAGCAGCUCCAGGUGGAGUACCGCAUCAGCAAAAGUGCCUGGCUGAAGGACACGGUGGAUCCAAUGCUGGUGACCCUUGACCACCGCAUUGCUGCCCUCACAGGCCUUGAUGUCCAGCCUCCCUAUGCAGAGUAUCUCCAGGUGGUGAACUAUGGGAUCGGAGGCCACUACGAGCCUCACUUCGACCAUGCUACGUCACCAAGCAGCCCCCUCUACCGGAUGAAGUCUGGGAAUCGAGUUGCAACAUUUAUGAUCUAUCUGAGCUCGGUGGAAGCUGGAGGAGCCACGGCCUUCAUCUACGCCAACUUUAGCGUGCCUGUGGUUAAGAACGCAGCACUGUUUUGGUGGAACCUACAUCGGAGUGGCGAAGGGAACAGCGACACACUUCAUGCUGGCUGUCCCGUCCUGGUGGGAGACAAGUGGGUGGCCAACAAGUGGAUACACGAGUAUGGACAGGAAUUCCGUAGGCCCUGCACCUCCAGCCCUGAAGACUGAAAUGUUGGCAGAGAGAAGCUGAUGGAGUUCUACGACUUUCAAACGAAGCUGAGAGCCCAAAGGUAGGUUAGGAGAAAUGAAAGGAGAGCAACCUCUGGAAGAAAGCCUUGUCGUCAUGGCCUGUUCCUUGCAAAUGGAAGACAAGGACGUGGUCCUCACCAGGGGACACCUGAGGAUUUGCAUUGGUUCAGCUCUAGCAGGACAGUCAGAGUAGAAUGAACAAGACAAAGGAGAGGACAGAGGAGGCCCGAGAGAGACGUCUCUGGAGCUUGGACACUGUUGGGAACAGGACAUACUGACAGUCUCCAGGGUUUGGUCAGUGGGGCUUUUGCCACUUGAACCUUGACCACAGGGACCAAGAAGUGGCAAUGAGGACAUUUCCAUGAGGGGCUGGCCUGAGCCCUGUAGCUGUGAGCUCUUCUCUCACUGACUUCUGCAGAAGCUGAGCAGGGUGUGUCUCAUCACAGCAGAUGACUAUUUUUAAGAAGAAAACAACUUUCUUGUUUUUAUAUGAUGAUUUUUUUAAUAGUCAUUAAAAAUGUUUAUAAAUCA